AAAAAAACAGAAUGAGGAAGAGAAGGGAAUCACAUUUUAUAUAAGAGAUGUGUCUGAAUUCACUUGGUAGAAUAUCUUCUGCCGGAGAAUCAUAUCAACGAAGGAAGAAGAAGAAGAAGAAGGAAGGAACGAUGAGUCAGUAUCCGCCGCCUGCUGGUGCUCCUGCUCAAGGUUAUCCGCCGCCGGGAUAUCCUCCGCAGGGACCGGCGUAUCCUCCGCAGGGAUACCCCCCUCAAGGACAAGGGUACCCUCCGGCGUACCCGCCACAGCAGCCUCCGCCGCAACAGGCGUCAAGCGGUGGGUGUAUUCAAGGAUGCCUAGCCGCUCUCUGCUGUUGCUGCGUCUGCGAGAUGUGCACCGAGAUGUGCUGCUUCUGAUCGGAGCCUCAGCUCAUGGCCGCUUUGGUGCAAGUGGAGAUCCUUAAUUUGAUUCGUUCAGACAGGGAUUUGGUGGCGGAUCUCUUGGUGUAUUCUCGCGUCGUUUUCCUGUUUUUUUUUUUUUAAUCUCAUAUACUUAAAUAUGCCCCAUUCAUCGACUCUCUUGUCUGAUGGUUUGGAACUUUGGGAAUGAAAUAAGUCGGGGCAGAAUUCAUAUCUCACUUUGCUC